AUGCUGGAGUGGGAGUCCCCUCAGGAUAACAGCAACUCCAAGGGCACCCACUACACUGUGCAGAAGGGACAGGCGUUACCGGGCAACAAGCGACACCACAAACACAGGCACGUGCCGCGGGGCUCGGGAAGGCAGAGGAAGAGCAGGAAGGAGGCUGCCGGCUGCCCACAUUCCCAGCUGCGGCUUCCUUCCGAGCGCGGAGGACGGACAGGUGCUGAGUUUCCGGGCAGGGCAGCAGCCAUGGUCUCAGUCAGCCUGUUACAGCUGCUGGAUGACGCCAUCGGGAAGCCCGAAGUCAAUAUCAACUUGGAGGCGCUCCGCAGACUGCUGGAGGUCAUUGUGGAACACCUGAGCCUGCUGGGUCUGCAGGACGCGGUUCCCGAGGAGGGGGCCCAGGAGGCCGCGCCCGGCCCGCAGGAGGAGGAGCGGGCGCGGGGCGCGGGGCAGCGCUCCGGGCCGCCGGGGGAGCCGCCGCCCGGCCAGGAUGAGCUGCAGGAGACCAGGAGCCGCUCUCCUGUCACCUCGGCGGCUGCCGACGAGGGACAGAUGGAGAAGACUGAAGCCAAAGAGAGUGGCAUCUCCAAGGCCACUGCUCUCUCCCAGGAGUCCCACCGGGAGAUGGCUGGGAUUAAGACCAUACAGCUCAGCAUGGGAAAGGAAAUCCAGAGGAUUAAGGAGUCACUUGGCCAGACCACAGAUCUCUGCAAGGAUCUCUGUAAGGAGAUCAAUGAGAUGAAAGCCACACAGUCCCGCAUGGGAAAAGGCAUCCGGAUGAUCCAGGAAGCACUUGGCCAGAGGAGCCUCCAGGAUGAUGCUGGCCAGCCACUGGUCCUCCACGACCAGCCUGCCCCUGCCAAGCCCCACACCUCGGACAUGGACAAGCUAGGGCAGAGCCCUGGUACCCAGAGCACCACCCCUGGGAUGCAGACAGGGACCCCCAGUGCCCAAAGUGGCACCACUGGGACACAGCCUGGUUUCCAAGCAGGCCUUCCAGCUAUGGAGAGCAUCCUCAGAGACCUGUCUGAGCUCCAGGGCCAGAUGUCCUCCCUGCAGAACCUGGUCCAAGACCUGCAGGGUGAGAAGGAGAAGAUCAGACAGCUGCAGGAUGCCCUUGGAAAGCUGGGUGUGACAGUAGCUGAGCGCAAAGUGGAUGGCACCAACGAGAUCCCCCUGCAGCUGGAGCCUGCGCUGCUGGAGAUUAAGCAGGAGCAGAAGGAGCUGAGAGAGGAGCAGAAGAUUACCAAGGCCACACUGAAUCAGCUGGUCACAGCUGACCAGCUUCAGGAGCAGCUGAAUGAGUUGAGGGCAGUGAUGGGAACUGCCAGGCAGCAGCAGGGAGAGUCACGCUUGGACAACAAGCUUGUGAGGAAGCUCCUACACCGCUGUGAAAGGCUCCAGCAUCAGGUGGACUCCCUGGUGCCACAGCAGCUGCAGAGGUCACUGCCAGAGAAGACCCAGGAUGAGGAGCUGCUAAAGAGCAUCCAGGCCACCGUUGUGCGGGUGGAAGGGGACUGCGAGCAGCUGGGCUAUGUCACGGGGAGCCUCCGGGAUGACCAUCGCCAGCAUCAGAAAGAUAUCGAGGCUCUGUUCCGGUCCCUGGAGGGUCUCGAGAAGAAAGCAGACAAGGAGGACCUGCUGCUGCUGAAAGUGGACAAAGCUGCCCUGGGCAGCAAAGUCAGUUGUGCCCAUUUUGAUGAAAGCAUGGAGCGUCUGGAGGAGAGGAUGCGGGAGUUGCUGAGACGGGUGAUGGGUCAGGAGCAGCGCUGGCAGGAGGCCCAGCAGCAGUUCAGUGAUGCCCUGGACUCCAAGCUGGAUCGCCUGGAGCUUGGGCCUUUCCAGAAGCAGCUAGAGGAUACGUGGGCAAAGAUCAUUAAGGAUCUCAAGGAUGAGUUGACAGUAGAGAUUGAUGACGCUGCUGGAAUUAAGCAGCAGCUGCUGGUCCCAUUCAAGUGCCUGUCCUGCGACCGGCAGCUCAACGUGCAGGUGCCUGGCGCGCACAUUGACGCACUGCCGCUCUUUCCACCGCUGCCCGGCAGCCACGCUGCACACCCCUCUACCAUCACCACCGAGGAGCAAGCACAACAGCAUGGUCACAGGAAGCUGGUCAAUAGCAAGUUCCUCAAGUCACAGAGCUGCAAGGGUCGGGACACAUCUAAUGCACUGCUCAAGGGUGAACUACACCUCUCCAAAAAGCCUGGCGUGACUGAGCUGCUGGGCACAGAUGACUGCGUGGAUCAAGGCCAGGAGCACGGGCCUGAGGUGGCAAAGAGGGCACAGGAUAAGCUGGGCCCCACCACCUUAGUAGAGCACCAGCCAGCUUCAGACCUCAAACACUAAACCCGGGCACUGCAGCAUUUGCUGCAAAUCCAGUCCCCCUGGAUGGAACCAGCAGCCAGGCAGCUAGCUGUGACUGGAUGUUUGGAGUCCUGCAUGAAGAAAAGACCGGGACAGCUGCCCAAAGGGAUUUCUUUUCAAGUUAAUAAAAAAAUUUUAACCUGC